AUGCCGGACUUAGUAGCUUUCUUAGUACCGAUUUCUUGUAUUCUGCCCCCCUCUUCUCUCUCUCUCUCCUCUCUCUCUCUCUCUCUCUCUCUCUCUCUCUCAUUGUGCUGUCUCCCUUUGGGACCAUCUUCUUUUUAUGGCCCAUUCUUAACUUCAUCUAUACAAUUGCAUAUUCUUUCUCUACUCUUUCCUUUUCUUUUACAGUUUUUUCUCAUCUUCUCUUUCUUCCUUCUUCGUUUCUCACCUAUAUUUCACUCCUUGUGUCCGCUCCUCGCAUUCUCAGCUUAUUCUUCUCUUUUCAUCUUUUUUAUUAUAUUCUGUUUUCUACUGUUUCUCUCUUUUCCCAUCUUUGAUUCUUUCUCGUUCAAUUUCUUUCUUACGUUUCAUUUUUCAAUUUCCUUUUUAUUUCAAUUUAUAUUUUUCCUCUGCAAGUUAUUUUUUUCUUUUUGCUGUUUUCCUUCCGACAUCCAUCUUUGUUUCUCAUCUUUUAUUUUCUCCCUUUUUACUUUCUUUUCUUCCUUUUUUCUUUCUAUUUUUUAUCUUCUCUCUUCCUUUAUUUUUUUUUGUCGUUUUCCUUCCGACACCGAUCUUUGUUUCUAUUUUUUAUCAUCUCUGUUAGUUUAUUUUUCUUUCUUUUUAUUGUUUUCCUUCCGACUCCCAUCUUUGUUUUUCAUUUUUUUUUCUCUAUUUUCAUUUACUUUUCUUUCUUUUUUCUUUCUAUUUUUUAUCCUCUCUCUUCCUUUAUUUUUAUUUUUUUUUGUCAUUUUCCUUCCAACACCGAUCUUUGUUUCUCAUCUUUUUUAUUUUCUCUAUUUUCAAUUUUUCUUUUUCUUUCUUUCUUUUUCUUUCUUUCUUUCUUUCUUUCUUUCUUUCUUUCUUUCUUUCUUUCUUUGUAAUCUUCUCUUUCUUUAUGUUUCUUUUUUUUUUGUUUUCCUUCCAUUUACCAUUUUUCUUUCACAUCUUUCUUUUGUUUUUGUCUUCUUUCUCAUCCCCAGUUUAUUCUGCCUCUUUUUUUCAUUUUCUAUUUUCCUUCUCUUUAUCAUUCUUUAUUUUGGCUUUCUGUUUUUACGCUUUCCUUUUUCCUCUUCGCUUCUUUCUUUCUUUCUUUCUUUCUUUCUUUUUGCUCUUUCUCUUUCCUUUCUCUAUUUACUUUCUUUUUCUUCCAGCUUCUUUUUACUUAUCCUGUUUUUAGUCUCUUUUCUUUCCUCCUACAUUUCUUUCUUUUCUUUCUCUUCAAUUUCUCCUCUUUAUUUCAUUUUUCUUUCUUUCAUUUUUUCUUUUGCCCUUAUAACAUUUUUUUUCAUUAUAACCUUUAUCUCAUUCUUUAUUCCCUUUAACACUUUUCACUAUAAACAUUUUUCUUUCUUUCGUUUUCUCUAUUUCUAUAUAACCUUACUUUCAAAUUUCUUUCUUUGCCAUUUUACCUUAUAA